AUGUUGAGGAAUCAUUCCGUUUUCGUCUAUCGAGAAGAGUGGUUGUGCUGUUUUGGUGACCUCCAAGAGCGCAUUCCGAGGCAAAAAUUAAGAACUUCCGAACCAAACCAAAACCAAACGGUACAUAUUACGUUAAUUUUUCUUGGCAAUUUGAGUGGAAAAAGUUUAAAUGAUUGCAAAAUCGGAUGAAUAACAGGCGGUGUGUGUUUUGGCUGAUUUCUGGCUCGGUGUUCAAACCAUAUUGUUAGAGAACAGGAACAUAAUUACUUCUGAUGCUGUUUAUAAUGAAACUGAGAGCUAGAAGAUUUUCCAAAUUUUGAUACAUCGGUAAAAAAGGUCGAGUAAGUUCAAAUAUCUGCGGUGAGAUAUUUCCUUCAGAUUAACCGCUGACGGGACCUUUGCUAUCUUUUUUUUUCGUUUGGAAGCUGAUGUGCUGAGUGAUUGUGAGUGAUCGCUAUUUAUCUGUGAUUUCACAAAUAAGGUGUAUAUCCGAAAGAAAUACAUUUCGUGUGAUCAGUCUGGGAUAUUCAAAGUUGGUUGAAGACAGUGCACAAUAAACAGGACUUGGUACCUUGGCAGGGAAUGGAAUCGGAACUGUGAACCGUGAAAUUGAAAAGCUGAUAAUUUUGGAGAUUUUGAGCUAUCGAGUGAUUAUACAACAGAAGAAAACACACAAUUCCAAAGAUUUUUCUGGGCUCAACAAACACAAUCAGAUAAAAAUGAACAUGAUGUGUCGAAUCAUCCUAUACUGCCUACUUACUCAACUGCUGCAUCAGACGCUGGCAGCUCCCGUGGAUCGGUCCCAUGUGCUUUCGUCGGUUCAGCAGAUCGGUCGCCAGUAUACACCGCAGGAUAACACAGACUCAUUCUCCAAAGAACCAAGUGACACUGAGUUGGAAAAUGUUGACGACAGCAAACCGGAAGUUGAUGUCGACAACAUUGAAGCCAAGGAACCAGCAAUAGCGGAUUCAGAAAGUGAUAAGCUUGAAGAGUCAUCUAGAAAAUCCAAAGGACUGAAGUCUAGAUUUUUCGACAAUCUAACUGCUCAAAGCAAUAAGAGGAAAAACAAAAUGUUUGGAUACUUUGGAUACUACCCGCAGCCAACUUAUCCACAACCAAUGGCUUUCCCGUCCUACUAUCCAUUAGAAUAUUUCGAUGACUACGUCCCAUUGGAGAGUUAUCCAAAUGUUAAUCCACUAGUUAGUCUACAAAAUUACCAGCAAAAUAUGGCUGCUCUCCAGAGUAUGGCAGCCAUUCAAAGUAUGAACAACCUCCCAUUGCCAAUGAUGUCCCCGACGGGUCUUCCCAAUUUGAACAAUUUGAACAACUUAAACAACAAUCAAGCAGCUCAGGACUACCAAAACAUUGGUGACUACUCAUCCAACGAUAACCUUCAGAACUUGGAAGAUGAAGAAAUUGUUUCCCGUACGAAUCAAGGUGCUGCCAAUCGACGUCGUCCUAACUAUAAGAAUUCUCCAAUUUAUUACAUCCGUCUGCCACCUACUCCAUACAUGUUCGUACCUGGACUCGGAUAUAUAUCCCAGCCACCAACUAUUCAACCAAUGACUCCGGCUGUCCCGCAGUAUCCUCAAUUGGCUCCUCCAGUGACAAUGAGUCCAUUCUAUAAUUUGCCGAUAAAUUUCGUAUCUAACGGUAAACCAAGUGGUAUCUACCAGUGGAACGGCACCCCAACUCCUGCUCCAAUUCCACAACCAGCGUACGCUCUUCCAUAUCCCGCUGCACGACCACCACCGCAGCGCCCCCUGUUUAGGCCUAAUCCAUUUGUGCAAGACUCGAAGAUUACUCAUCUGAAGGGUCCGUUCAUUUUCAACGGAAGGCCUGAGGAAAUUUUCCUUCUUCAAAACUCGAUCAACCCAUUCUUCCAAGCGCCCAUCAGCCCAAUCAACGGUUAUUAUUAAGAAACUACACCAUUCGUCCUCAAAUCUGUCCUAGCAGUGUGUUACAUCUGGAAGUAUGUAAUCUGAGUUGCACUCUUAGACAUGGUCACUAAAGCCUGAGGCACACCGCGUAAAUGAAUAAAUGACCAAACAAUUUACAAAAUGAGUACUGAUCACAUAAACAGAAUUCUAUUAUAAAACAAUAAUUGCGCGCGUUGUGUAAUAUUUUCAGUACAAGAGUACUUCAGGAAACUCACAUACAGCUAAGCCUAUCAUGCUACUUUCAUGAUACUGUGAUAUCAAUCAGUAAAUGUUCAAUAUCAUGUUUUUGUGCAACUUUGAACUAAACUAUGAUUUUGAUUCCGCACAAAACUUUCAUCAUACUUUCCACUGCAAGGAAUACACUGAACUAAAAAAAAUCGAAGUGCCUCAUACAUUACCUGUAAAACUCGCUUAUUAAAUUUACGUUGUUCUGUCUUCCAUCCAAACUGUGUCUUAUUUCAUGUUAGUCUUUCCUAUCUUUUGUUCAAUAUAGAUAUUUUCAACCCAGUGUUGUAUUCUAAUGAAUUAUUAUCAAUUAGACUUUAUAUGCGCAACUCGAAGGAAUGUUUCUCACAAACGCAUCCUCAGUUCGAUGCAUUCAUAAUAUGCACGCCGGCAGAGAAAUGUUCCGUUGAUUUGCUGCUAUAUAACUUAUUACUUAAUAUAAUAAACCUAGACGAUGCCUUAGCGUAGUGUUCUUAUUUAUAGUUCAUUCUUUUGAGUUGCUCGAAACAACGAUAAUUAACUGUGGUACCUCUUCCUUUGAAAAAAAAAGAGUACGUUGUGACGCAACACAUUGAAUAAAAUAUGCAAGUAAUUAUGAAUGAGCAUAUAUUCGGUUGCUCAAAUGGUUCAAUAAUCGCUGACGAUAGGCAUUACAAUGGUAGUUGAAUCUGUGGUAGUACUUAGGUAAUAUAAAAAUUGUCUUAAUGAUCGUAUUAAAAUGCUACCGUACAUAGAAUGUUCAUAGCUCGCCAGUGAAAAGAUCUUAUAAUAUUUAGCAUUUUCCAGGAGUGUUCAAAAUUGUUAGUAAGACCAUACUUUUCAGAGUGAACGGAAAUGCGAAGAAACUUAUCCAAACCCGAAAGAUCGAAUAAUGAAUAGUAUUCUAGUAAUUAGAGAAUAACGAAUUGUACUGAUUAUGUGUAGAAAAUAAAAGUCGUCUCUAA